AUGACAAAUAAAAGAACUCAUAUAAUAAGUGACAAAAUUACUGAGAAGAGUACUUAUAUAGUUAUAACUGAUGAAGCUAUUGACAAUUCAAAAAUCAACUUGGAAGGACAGCAAUUGAAAUUUGAAAGUGCUUAUAUAAUAAUAAAUGAUGAAGCCACUAAUGAACCAAAAAGUAAAAUUAACUUGGAAGAAUAUUUGUUAGAUUAA